AGGCACUCGCCUGCUUGCUGGCUCAAGCGGCACCUCAGAAAACUGCGUAACAAGCAGGAGAUUGCCGGCGGCUGGCACCGGCUUUGCAGCGUGCCUUGCAGCUGAUGUCAUAUGGCCGCUACGACCGGGACCGGGACCGCGACCGGGAUCGGAGCCGCAGCCGGGACCGGGGCUAUUCGAGCCACUCGAGGGGCGGCAGCGGCGGUGGCGGCGGCGGCAGCUUUGGCGGCAGCUACAACAGCAAAGAUCUGGGCCAGAACCUCCGGAGUAUCAACUGGGGGGAGGAGAGACUGACCAAGUUCGAGAAGGACUUCUAUCAGCCGCACCCGGCCAUCGCCGCGAUGCCGGAGGAGGAGGCCGACAGACUUCGGCAGGACAAGAGCAUCAAAAUCGUGUAUGCCGAAGGCCUAGUGCCCAAGCCAGUGCGAACCUUUGAAGAGGCCUCCUUCCCGGAUUACGUUUUAGACGAGAUCAACCGUGCCGGCUUCAAAGAGCCCACGCCCAUUCAAGUGCAAGGCUGGCCCAUCGCCUUGUCUGGCAAGGACAUGGUGGGCAUCGCGGAGACGGGGUCUGGCAAGACGCUGGCCUUCCUUUUGCCUGGCAUUGUACACAUUAACGCGCAGCCAGAGCUGGUGAGGGGGGACGGCCCCAUCGUGCUAGUGAUGGCGCCGACCAGGGAGCUGGCCAACCAGACCCAGGAGGAAUGCAAUCGCUUCGGCAAAAGCUCGAAGAUUAAGAACACCUGCUGUUAUGGCGGUGUGCCCAGAUCCACUCAGCAGAGAGAACUGCGAGAGGGUGUGGAAAUUGUGAUAGCGACUCCUGGUCGGCUGAUCGACUUCUUAGAAUCCGGUGACACCAACCUGAAAAGGGUGACUUACCUGGUUUUAGAUGAGGCUGACAGGAUGUUGGACAUGGGAUUCGAGCCGCAGGUGAGGAAGAUUUGCUCCCAGGUUCGCCCAGAUCGGCAGACCUUGAUGUGGAGCGCCACGUGGCCGAGAGAUGUGCAGAAGCUCGCCCGGGAUUUGUGCAAGGAGGACCCGGUGCACAUCAACGUGGGCUCCACAGAGCUGCGGACGGCGCACACCAUCCGCCAGUACGUGGAGGUGGUGCAGGAGAGUGACAAGCGCAGCCGCCUGAAGAGGCUGCUGGAAAAGGUCAUGGACGGCUCGAAGAUUCUGAUCUUCUGCCAGACCAAAACCGGCGGCGACGAGCUGACCCGAGAAAUGAGGACCGGUGGCUUCCCAGCCCUUUGCAUUCACGGGGAGAAGAAGCAGGAGGAGCGAGAAUGGGUCCUGAAAGAGUUCAAAGAAGGCAAGUCCCCCAUCCUGGUGGCGACGGAUCUGGCCUCUCGGGGGCUGGAUGUGAAAGACAUCAAGUACGUCAUCAACUACGACUUCCCGAACCAAGUGGAGGACUAUGUCCACCGCGUGGGGCGAACAGGCAGAGCCGGAGCAUCAGGGUCUGCCUACACCUUCUUCACCGCUGACAAAGCAAAGCAUGCGAAGGAACUGAUUGCCGUGCUGAAAGAGGCCAACCAGUCCGUGCCGGAGGAGCUGGAGAAGCUCGCAGAGAACGCGGGAGGAGGUUGGAGGCGGUGAGGCGACGGCUCUCCACAGGCGCUGGAAGAUUUGCUGGAGUUCAAAACAGUCGCUAGGGCUGGACCAUUUAAGCUCGGAAUGCCCAGUGCUUGGAGAGUUGGUGAAUCAGGUGUUUGAUCAAUUUGAUUUGCCUGGAGUCUCCACGAC